CAACACAAGAUGACCAGCCACCAAGGGCAUUUGUAGUGAAAUGUCAUUACUUCACAGAAAAGGAACUACUUCUUAGAAAGGCAGCCGAGGCUGGGGUGAUAACAACCACAGACAGGGAUCAUAUUCGCACACUGCCAGACUUCACCCAAGCUGUGAGUAAUCAGUGCACCGCCUUUACCGAGGUGAAGAAUCUACUUCGCAGUUGCAAAGGAGUCAGCUACGGGCUGAGGUACCCAGCGAGGUGGAGGAUCACAUGGACAGACAAGAAAGGACUUUUAAAGACCCAAAACGUGUAAAGGAAUUUGUUCUGAAGAAGUUAACGAGUGCUUGAAAUGUGUCCAGGGCCAGGACUGUUCGCUCUCUCUUUUUUCUCUGCAUUGGCAAUACAUAGUUUGGAGUAACUAUGAAUGGCUGAAACAGGGUUUGUGCUCUGAGGACCUUGACAACUCUGAGAGCGGUGCCCAACAACUGACACAUCUAUCUGUCCUGGACAGGUCAAAGAACUAUCAUUGGGAACCUAUCAUGUUCAUCCACUGUAACCUGGCAACACUGAUAUUUGUGCUGACCCUUGAUCGUCAUGUUUAUACAAUCCUUGGAGGCCAUGAGGCUGUGCCACAUAGCAGACCAUACAUGGUGUUUUUGGAGAGGCACAUGUCAGAUGGUCGAAAGAAAUACUAUGCUGGAUUCCUUCUGAAUGAGGAUUUUGUAAUGACUGCUGCCCACUGCCAAGCCAAGUCCUACAUUGCCUUACUAGGAGUUCACCAUGUGUAUCAUAAUAAUGAAAUACAGCGCAUAUCUGUGGAACAACCAUUUCCACAUAAAUACUUCAACCAAACCUCUUUUAAAAAUGAUGUAAUGCUUCUGAAGUUGAGCUCCAAGGCAAUCUUGAAUGAGAAUGUGAAACCUAUUCCUCUGGCAAGUCAUGAUGAUGGUACUUUGCCAAAAUCAUGUAUAGUCUCUGGCUGGGGACGUGCAGACAGGAAUAGAAACUAUAUGUCUCCCAAACUUAUGGAAACCAGCGUAACACUGAUUGACAAUAAGGAGUGUGCCGUGGAAAACUUCUACUGCUCUCAGGGAGAGACUGGUCCAAGCGAGGGAGAUUCUGGUGGUCCAUUGGUCUGUGAAGAUGGAAAAGCAUACGGGGUGAUAUCCAGUGCAGUCACUCCACACUCAGGUGGCCCAGUCAUCAUUAGAUUCACUAAAAUUCCUGAAUCCACUGAAACACAGCAUCAUGUUUGUAUUAGACCUGCUGAUUAGUCAGUUAAUGUGGAAGCUGCAGAAAUGAAAACAAUCUAAGAAGUACCAUGUCUUAAUGCAAAAUUAAGAAAAAAUCUAUAAUCUAAAAUAAAACAUUGAUUCUCAGGUUAACUAACAAUUAAAUUAAUAAUCUCUUGUUGCAUUACUUUCUACAGUUUUUGGAUAGUUCUGGGGCUUUGUUUUUUAAAUGUUACCUUUACAAAUGAUUUCAUAUCUGCAGACGUCUGAAAUCUAAAUUUUGUUCAGUGAAUUUAAUAUUUUAUCUCAUUAUUGUUCUGUUCUUCAUAUGUAUUAAAGAGAUUCUUCAAUCUAAUGAGAAAAUAAAAUCCUCUAACUUUGUUUUAUCUCAUAUUGUGUAAAAAUAAACCUUUCGUAUCUGUUUAUACAUUUCUCUUUUUUAGCAUUAAAUAAAAUCAUUUGUAUAAUGACCUCUUUGUGACUGUUUAUAUUUACUUUUUCAAUUUAAACUGAACAGAGUCUGAAGAAUAAUGUAAAAUGUUCACUUUUUUAUAGCACACCAUUAAAAAAAAGACUCAGCGAUAAGCCACAGAUAAAUUUGCAUUCUUACAUUUGUACUGCUUGUAUUAUUGUGUAGUAAUACUACAGUAUUACUACAGUAAUACUGAAGUAUUACUAUUUUUAACUUAAUUUUAUUUUAGUUUUUCAAUGUAUCAUUUUUGGCAUGUCAAGUGUACAGCACUUUGUGUUCAGCUGGGAGUUGCUAUGAAAGUGCGAUAUAAA